UUCUGUUUUAUGCAACUUAUUCAGCAUGAAUUGGACUUAAUACGGGCAGAGUGGAAUACACAUUAUAUAAGGAGGCAGACACGGGAAGGAACACCUUGUGGAAAGCCAGACAUUUUAUAUUUGUAUCCAGAAUUAUAUGGAACUUAUGACUACAAAUACCCAGUUGAUGAGGCAGACUGCGAGUGCCUGGGUGAUAACUGCGACGUUCCAUCUAGCACUGGAAUAGACGAAGAACUAGAAGGAAGAUUUCUUCAAAUGAUGGAACUGGAUGGAAUGCGUAUGCCGGAUACAUCAGCUGAAGCCAUCGACUUGCUUACCUGGCUAAUAAGCAAACUUCACGAACUGCUUGAGCAGAAAUGACAUUCCAUUAAAGGCAUUCGUUCUA